AAAAAAAUGGAAGUGGUUUCAAAUACAGAUCUACAACAAAGGGAAGGAACUCAUCCUUCUUUACAUAUGAGAGAACAUGUUAUGGAGAGGACAAGAGAACAGGGAGAUGGAGCACCAGUAAUGUCGUUAUUAACAGAAGAGCUGAACACAGAAUCACACCACCAGGAUGACAAGCCAUUCACCAUUAAAGCUGAACUAGAUCUGAUGCAAAUUUGUUUGGCUGUUUUAUCAUUUCUAACUAGAACAUGGAGGUUGGGAAUCCCACGUGCUGUGGUAUUUGAUGAACUUCAUUUUGCUAAAUUUGUAUCACUCUAUAUCAAGCGUAUAUUUUUCUUUGAUGUUCACCCACCAUUUGGUAAAAUGAUUCUUGCAUUAGCAGGUUCGUAUGCUGGGUUUGAAGGUGACAUCAAUUUUGAAAGGAUCGGAGCAGAAUUUCCAUCUUCUGUACCUGUUGAAAUGUUACGAGCAUUUCCAGCUAUACUUGGCAGCCUAACAGUGCCCAUUGUGUAUCAAAUUUGUGUGGAAGCUGGUCUGAGUAGAUAUGCUGCCUCCAUAGCUGGACUGUUGAUUUUGUUAGACAAUGCACUGCUUGUACAGUCUCGUUUUAUGUUGAUGGAGGGCAUGCUGAUAUUUUUUUCCUCACUUUCUGUCCUUGCUUAUCUCAAGUUCAGAAAUAACAUAAGAGAGUUCAGUCUGAUGUGGUGGUUCUGGCUGUGUUUGUGUGGCGUCUCAGCUACAUGUUCACUAAGUAUCAAGUAUGUGGGUGUCUUUACAUUGCUGCUAGUCUUCAUCAGAGUUGUACGAGACUUUUGGCAGAUGCUUGAUGACUCUUCAAAAUCUGAUAUGACGUUGGUGAAACAUUUGUUCAGCCGAUUGAUUGCUCUGGUCACUCUACCAAUUGUAGUCUAUUUGUCCAUAUUCUAUGUCCAUUUGAGCAUCUUGACCAAAGCAGGGCCUCAUGACAGUGUGAUGACCAGUGCAUUCCAGGCCAGCUUAGAGGGAGGGCUGGCUACACUGACAAAAGGACAACCACUCCAUGUAGCAUAUGGUUCCCAGAUCACAUUGAGGCACACUGAGAAUGUGGCAGUGGGGCAGCCCUGUUGGUUACAUUCCCAUGCCCACAUGUACCCUAUCAAGUACCCAGACAAGAGAGGAAGUUCUCACCAGCAGCAAGUCACUUGUUAUGUGUUCAAGGACAUCAACAACUGGUGGAUCAUCAAACAUCCUGACAAACAAGACUUGAUGGUUGAUGAUCCACCUGUGCCAGUUAGACACGGAGACAUUGUCCAGCUUGUACAUGGCAUCACUAGCCGGGCACUCAACACUCAUGAUGUUGCAGCACCAUUGAGUCCAAACAACCAAGAAGUCUCAUGCUAUGUCAACUACAAUGUAUCCAUGCCAGCUCAGAACUUAUGGAGAGUGGACAUAGUCAAUAGAGAGUCUGAUGAUGAAACAUGGCAGACUAUUAAAAGUCAGAUUCGGCUCAUACAUGUCAACACAUCCACAGCAGUCAAGACAACAGGUAAGCAGCUUCCUGAGUGGGGCUUUCAUCAGCUUGAAGUUGCAGCUGACAGAAUGACAAAUCAGAAAUCUACCAUUUGGAAUGUGGAGGAGCAUCGCUACACAAGAAGCUCUGAGAAAGAGAAGCAAGCAGCAGAGCUUCAACAAGCUGAACUGAUUCCUCUGAAGCCAACAUAUUUGUCUUUUUGGGCAAAGCUGUAUGAACUACAGAUCAAAAUGCUGUUGAGUAACCAAGAUGCUCAACUGGAACAUAAGUACAGUUCCACACCCACAGAGUGGCCAUUCAUGCAGAGAAACAUUGCUUACUGGAUGAGCUCUCAUGACAAUUCUCAGAUUCAUCUGAUUGGCAACAUUGUUGUGUGGCAUGCAUCAACAUUAUCUGUGCUGGCCUAUCUGGCACUCUUCAUCUUCUAUUUAGUACGCAGACAGAGAGCAGUGUUUGAUUUAUCAGAAGCCAAAUGGCAGAAUUUUCUAUUUCUUGGUGAGCUAUUUGUUGGCGGUUACUUGCUGCAUUAUCUCCCCUACUUUUUGGAGGACAGAACUCUAUUUCUGCAUCAUUAUCUCCCCUCAGUGAUCUUUAAAGUUCUAGUGUUAGCUGCUCUAGGAGAUCACCUGUAUUCAGUCAGCCCAAAAAUCCCCUUGUUGUCUCCCCUUAUAAAGUAUGGCUCUGUGGCUUUGGUGGCUGUUGCUAUCCACAUCUUUAUCACAUUCUCAGUGUUUACUUAUGGCAAUCAGUCUUUGUCACCACAGAAAAUUAAAUCUUUGACAUGGAUAGACACAUGGGAUUUUCUUACACAUUGAGUCUUGUUCAAUAUAACACAUUAUUUCACAAUUGGUAUCAAUGUUAUUCACUUAUCAUCUUGUUCAUUCUAUAUAUGCUGGGCCCUCUGUGCAUGUGAUUUUAGAAAAAAAAUGUUUACAAACAUUGGCUUUAUUUAUUGGAAUAUUAAUAUUAUAUAUAGUCAUUUCACUGCCUUAAGUCAAAAGAAUUUGACAUUUUUAGGGAAUUGUAUAUACUUUAUUUUAUGUAAAUCCUGACUUGUACUUAAAAUAGAUUUGAAAAAAAAAGUCAUUAUAUUAUUAUAUAAUUAACCUGUAAAGUUUAUGACAAGAUAUAAAAAAAAAAUAUUAUAGGCUUAAUUUUUAUUUUAUUUUCACCAUUAAAAAAAAAUAAAAGCAUAUUUGCAUACAGAAUAUUUAACUUGCUGUAUGAUAUUUUGAAAUCCUGAUUUGAUUUCACUUUCUAUCUAGAUCUUAACGUUUUGUACAUGAGCAGUCUCCUAUGACAAUUUUCUUGUUUAUAGAUAUAUCUAUCUAUCUAUUAGAUGCUUUAUACAUUUAAUAUUGUACAAGGCUGUCUUUUGAAAGACAAAGCAAAAGACAGGAAUGGAAAAAAGCUUUGAACAGAUUAUGUGUGGUGCCUAACGGUUCGACAGGUGAAGGUGAAAACUGAAUAGGGUGCCUUGAUAUUUAUACUGUAUUGUUUUUAGAGCUAACAUUCCAGUGAAGGAUGACCUUCCACCAUUUUUUUUUUGAAAGUGAAAUCUCACCAGCAAAUUAUGGCUUCAAAAUUUUCCUGCAGAACUUAGUCCAGAUUUGAGACAUGCGAGACAUGUUUGUGUUCAAGCUUUGAAUAAUUUAUUGUUUCUGAUUUUUGUCCUCGACUUCAUAAUGCACUCACCUAUUUCUAAUUCUCAAGGAAAAUGUAUUCACUAAAACCUGUUCUGUGAACAGGAAAACAAAAAGCAUGGAGUAGGAAUAUGGGUUUUUAAUACAACCCCACAACAGGGAUAGUUAAAUAGUUGGCUUGUGCUAGCUUCAUUUGUAACUUUUUUACAGGGUCAAAGUUUAAUAUCCAUGGAAUACUUUAGAGCUAUUUCUUGCUCAAAUUACCUAUUAUUUUAAUUAUUUUAUUCAACCAUCUAGAGUAGAGUAAACCAUUGUAAUAAAACAGGAUGUUGUGUCUCCAUAUUUUGAUAAGAUCUUGUUAUUUUUCUUGUAAAUUAUUGUAUGAACUUUUAAAUCAGCUGUCCCUUAGUAUAACAAAAGUUAACAAUAAAUGCAUGACUAGAAUGAGGAUUAGUAAAUUUCAGGCUUGUUAAACCAAAACACUUAGAUAAAUUACUAAAACUGUCAUCCUUUCACCAUAAAGGGCUGAGAUAUGAACCUCCCCUGAUAUACACUUUCUGUUUAAUGAUCCAGAACUUUAGAGCAUGUAUAGUUACCCAUCUUCAACUUACAUUUUGGAAUGUUUGCUAAUUUUUGUACUAGGUACUAUUUAAAAUCUAGAACUGUGUUCUAGUAAGACAUUCUUCUAGUUGGAUACAUUGGCCUUUAAAGUGUCAGUAAUAAAGGACAGUUUAACAUUUUACAAAAGCAGAAUAUCUUCAUGGAUUCAACAUUCAGGAACCUUCCCCUUCUGCUGAUAUUGUAUAUAUGCUAGAAAAUGGUUAUGUUAACAUAGCAAAUGUUUUUAACAGUCCACAGUGAUACUUUAUUAUAUUGAUGAUAUAUAACUUAUCUAAAAAAUGACUGGCUAAAUAAAGGGAGAGAGAUGUAAAGAUUGUGUGUGCUUGUUUAUUAGUCACAGAAACAAAAGAACAAAUAUCUUUUUCAAUACAAGUUACAUUUAUUUUAUAAGCCUUGUAAUACAUUUUUAAAUAUAUUUUAAUGAAAAAAGUUUAACACUUUAACAGAUCAAAAGCCAUUAAAAAAAAUGUGCAUUAUGAAACAAGGAAACUAAAUGCUUCCAAUUACAGACACUCACACAAAAAUAAAACAUGCAGAUGCUGUUCAUAAGAAUUUAAGAUUGCUAACCACCAUCUGAGAUUUAAAUACCAUACAGCUAUUGAAGAAGAUAUUUUACCUCGUUCUAAAACAAAAUGUAGGUAAUUUAAAACAGAUGCUACUGUUUUGUAAAACUAUAAGUAGCCAGUGCCUUUAUUUUGAUCACAAUAAAGCUGAUGUUGAAAUCAGAUUUUCAAUGGCACAAAGAGUUAUUAAGAAGACUUGGCAGAAUACAACUAACCUUUUUCAAAUCAAACUUUAAUUGUAUAUCUUGUUACUUUUACAUAUUAAUUAUAAAGUGGAAGGGAAAAAAGUUUCCUCUGAUGGCAACAGUUUUAAAAUAUAAAUAAAACUUGUACUGCAUAAAAGUGAAGCAGAUUUUGGCUUGUAAUAAAUAUAUGCACUGAAAACACAUUAAAAAAAAAUCACAACCAGUUUAAAAUUAAAGUAAUUAAACUUUUGAAAAAUACCAACAGUGUUCAAUAUUUACAAGGCACAAAUAUUAUUUAAAAUAUUACUUCAAUACUGAAAUUAGCAAAUAUCAAAGGCUCUUUGGUGCUGUCAACAUGAAACAAAUCUCAGAAAUGCAAUGCCAAAAUGAUAAAGGCAUCUUAAAUAGUAAAAAAAAAAAAGAUUAGUUUCUGAUUUAGAGAUUCAAAAGUCAAGAGUUGGGCAAAAUCACACCAACCCUAAUUUAUGUUAGGUUAAUGUAAAAAAAAAACUAAUAACACACACACACACAUCCAGUGAUGAACAUCUGAAACCAAUAAAAAAAUAUCUUUUAAAAAUGUUUUGAACUCCAUCCCUCAGAAAAUAUAUGGUUUAAACCUGAUAUUUGAUAUAUUUUAGCUCCCAAAACAUUUAUCAACAUUAAGGAACAUUCCUACAAAGCAUGAUGAAACUAACAAUAAACCAUUUGUUUUGAUAGUUAAGAUGUAACAAACACAUUUUUUAGCUUUAUUUAUAAUCAAGUUCUCUAAAUGUGUGCCAGUUCACAGAAAAAACAACAAACAAACCACUGUGGAACAAUAUGAAAACAAAACCAACAUAUUUGCUUCAAUGUCAGAUCUUAUAUAUAUAUAUA